GGAGAAGGAAGGAAGCAUGGAAGCCGCGGUGGUGACGCUGCCAAAGCUUGUCGCAUCCAGCCGCCCUACGUCAGCCGACGUUCCCGUGAGCCGUGAGCGCUGCCGUCGAGCUGACCUCUCCGGUGCCAACAAGAUACGGCGGGCCCCACGCCGGAAAUUCCACAUCAGCCGGCGACAAGUCAGAUCCUAACACCGAUCGGCAGCUCAUCACGCCUGCAAACCAGGAGGCUAUAAACCUCACCGCUCUCACGCUAUCGAAGUCUAUAAAUCCCGGCGCGUCGUCUCCCACCGCCGGCUCGACAAGCAAGCUUCUUCUACCCCUCUUCCAGCUCCAGCACACUCACCAGCCACAGACCACAGCAGAGCUCCAGAUGGAGCAGGGGAAUCACACAUCCUCUGCCUCUGGCAUCUACGACUCCGCCGCAGCUCCAGCUGCCGCGUCGCUCCCAUUCGACGCGGCCGAUGGCGCCGACGACAUGCUCCUGCAGCUCGACGCCUUCCUCCUCGGCACGGACGCCACCGGGGACAGCUCCGAUUGGCUCCCCGCCUCGCCUUCGUUGUCCUCUGACGCAGCAGUGGUGCCACUGUCGCCGAGCACGCCGGAGCAGCGGCGGCGGCCGGACGCGGGCGCUUCGACGCCGGGCAAGAAGCGGCCGGCGACUCCGGCCUUCAUCGGGGUGCGCAAGCGUCCCUGGGGCAAGUUCGCCGCCGAGAUACGGGACUCCACGCGCCGAGGCGCCCGCGUGUGGCUCGGCACCUUCGACACCCCCGAGGCCGCCGCGCUCGCCUACGACCAGGCCGCCUUCUCCGCGCGCGGCGGCGCCGCCGUCCUCAACUUCCCCGUGGACCGCGUGCGGGAGUCGCUGGCGGCGCUCGCGCUCGCCGGUGCGGGCGCCAGCGGCUGCAGCGGCUCCCCCGUCCUCGCGCUGAAGCGGCGGCACUCCAAGCGCACGCGCAGGCGGAAGCACCAGCUCUCCCCUGCGACGUCGACGGACAGCAGCGGCAGGAACCAUCUCGACCCGGUGCAGCAGCUGGAGCGCCAGCGCGCCGACGCGUCUGCUGUGCCAGUGCCGGAGCCGGAGCAGCGGGUGGCGGCGCUCUGCCAGUGCCACUGCCGCGGCGGCGGAGUCGUGGAGCUGGAGGACCUCGGCACCGAUUACUUGGACGAGCUCCUCCGAGUGUCGUCGGACUUGGAGUGUGCGUUGAUACGUUGAGAGCAUUAUUGAGGCCAGUCGCCGUCGUCGUCGCCAUCACCCUCGCAACGCUCCAGCACUGUCCAGCCAUUGCCAUCGCACGGCGACCCGACAUUAUAUAUUGUAAAUCUCCAAAUUAAGUAGUCGACCCGAUUCUGCUCGUUGGCACACGUUAUUAUCAUCUUGAUUAGUUUAAUUUAUGCAUACCACCCACUAACCAAACAUAGAC